AUGUUUUUACAACAGAGGCCUAUGAAGCUACUUCUUCCACGACUCUUCAGAGAGAUGCCUUCUCGGGUCCAAGACUUGGAGGAGCUCCAUGUGGCUCCCUGUAUGGUUUUCUCCAAGUUUGUGACCUCGCCGCCCCUGCGUGUGAAGCCCCGUUCUCGGUCGAUGUGGCCAUGUCGCAUACGCGUGGCGCUGACAUCGGCACUGCUGGGUGUGGAGUCCUAUCAGCCGACCUUUCAGGAGUUGCACUGGGAGCUCUUUGCCAAAGACUGUGAGGAAGACCAUGUGGUGCAGAACUUCUCCAACCCGUAUGGCAUCCGGCCGAACUUCAAGAACUAUCCACACUCGAACCUCUUGCCACAGUUCUUCACCGAGAUUCUCGACAUCCUACAGCUGGAACAAAUGCCGCGCUUCAUCGCGGAGGUCGGCUCCCUCCACGGGCACAGUGCCAUCCAAAUGGCCACUGUCUUGGACCAGCUGGGGAUGACGCAGGUGCCCAUCCUUUGCAUCGAUCCCUUUACUGGAGACACCAACAUGUGGGCCAGCUAUCAGACCGAUCGGUCGGUCGCCGGCUGGGUGAAGAUCAUUGACGGCCGCAUGACCGUCUUUGACCAGUUCAUGGCCAACGUGCAGUUCGCCGUGAACCGCAGCGUCUCAAAGCAUCACAUCCUGCCCUUUCAGGCCACGAGCACCGUCGGCGCCCGUUGGUUAGCGCAGAAGGGCUUUGUGCCGGACUUGAUCUUCUUGGACUCGGCCCAUGAAUUGGAUGAGACAUUCUUAGAGCUGUCGUUGUACUUCAAGCUCUUGAAGCCAGGCGGAAUCCUCUUCGGUGACGACUAUGGUUGGCCGGCUGUAAAGGAGGAUGUGGAACGCUUCGUGGAAGAGCACCAGCGCCAGCACGGCGCCGACGACCCCAUCGAUUUGCGGAUCGUCCGCGCACAAGCGGGCGCCACGAAUCUCAUUUGGAUCAUGCGCAAGGCGCUCGGUGCGGAGGACCUGCGGCAGUUUUGGUCCUCCUUCGCUGCGCUGGACUUGCACAGUGGCACAGGCAUCACGCUUUGCCACGGCUCCGCCACCGCUCUGUCAGACCGUCCUCGCGCUUGGAGCAUGCAAGAGUGGCACGCCUUGAGCCAGGCGCGUCGCCGCGGAGUGGCAGCGACUGCAGCUUUCCCCUUGGUCAUGCGCUUGCUGGAGGACAAUUGGAUGGAAGCUGGACGUGAAGAAGAGGAGGCCUUGCUCACUGCGGCCUCCGGGGCCAUGGAAGAACAACAGCGGAAAGGCAUGGGGCAUCGCUCUGGAGAGCUCCUGCGGAAGGCCCGUGACGCGGCCGCCGCUGCCAAGGCCAGCGAGCAAUGGAACGUCCUGCUGGCCGUGCAGCAUUUGAUCGGUCGGCCUCCCAAUGAGAGCGCGCCCGCCUACAAGGACAUGCAACAGGAGCUCCACCGCCAGAGAGAGCGGGUGAUGUUGCAGGCCAGAACCUUCAUGCUCAUCACCUCCCUCUUGGAGGGUGAUGUGCAUCCACCCAGCGCAGCGGACUUGGAGGCGCGAUGCCUCCAGGAGCUCAGGCGCUUGCUGGCGGCGCAACGCUUGGUGCCGUCGGAGUGGCGGAGAAUGCUCCGAAGUGGGCUCUUUGCUCAGAUCCCUGGCGACGAUUCCGAUGCAGAGGCCGAGAGCGAGGAGGAGAAGCCGAGCACUGCAGAGGUGCUCCAGCGUGUGAAGAGCGUGCUGGGUGAGAGGUGGCAAGAAGUGCCCUUCAUGGACCUGGUACCCGUUCAGCCUGGAGCGAAGUUCGCCUCCCUCGCGCGGCUCAUGUCCGAUGGCCGGGGCUUUCCACCGGGCUUCCGCAUCGAUCGAAUCCACGCGCCCUUGGUGCGCGAGACCUUCCUCCACAACGGCUUCCGGCCGACCAAGGGCGAGGAUUGGCUCAUCAGUUGGACAGGCCCUCGAAUGCGGGACAAUGUGCACCGGAUGAUGCACGAGUUUCAACGGGUGAACCACUUCCCCAACAGUACCGAGCUCACCAGGAAGGAUCGGAUGUGGGAGAACUUCCAGAGGAUGGCCCAGCAGCACCGCGAGCUGAACUUUGACUUCGUGCCCGAGACCUUUGUUCUGCCGCAACAGCUUCGGAGCUUCAAGCAGCGUUACCUGAAGACCAGGAGCGAGCAGCUUUGGAUCGUGAAGCCAACGGCCUCCUCCCAGGGCCGUGGGAUUUUCAUCCUUCGGAACCUCGUCGAGCUCCCCAUGAAGGAAUCCGUCGUGGUCUCACGCUACGUCGAAAAGCCCCUCCUAAUUCAAGGCUUAAAGUUUGAUCUGCGAAUUUAUGUCAUGGUGACCUCCUUCCGGCCGCUGCGUGCCUACGUCUACCGCGAGGGCUUGACCCGCUUCGCCUCCAAAGCCUACAGCACCGAUGAGGAGCACUUGGCAGAUGUUUACCGACAUUUGACCAACUACUCCAUCAACAAGGGUGCCGAGAACUUCCAAGAGAAUCAGCGAGUGCAAGCGGAUAACUAUGGCCAUAAGUGGAGCCUUUCGGCACUCAAUCGGCACCUCCGAUGUAUCGGCGUGAACGUGAAGGAGAUGUGGAGUCGGAUCAUGGAUAUCAUCGUGAAGACGCUGCUCGCAGUCGAGCCAGCGAUCAGCGCGGCCACGAAAGAGAGCUGCUUACACGAACAGAGCUGUUUUGAGCUGUAUGGCUUCGACAUCCUGGUGGAUGAGCACUUGAAGCCAUGGCUACUGGAGGUGAACCUCAGUCCAAGUAUGCAGGCGGAGAGCCCGCUGGACAAGCAGAUCAAGAGUAGCUUGUUAUCGGAUGCCUUCAACCUCCUUGGCGUGAAACGUCUGGAUGCACAGACCUUGACCUCUGCCCGCUUGAGGGCCCGCUUCCUGUACAUGAGCAAGUUGCAAAGCCAGAUGCCGAAGAGCAAAGACUCGAAGUUGCUGGGCCAUCGACAGGAUCCCCUACGCCCGGAGGAGCCCCGACUGGAGAAGACCGAGGAGCCCUCCGUCGCCGAAGGUGACGCGGAGGGGGAACCUCAGCCGCUGGUGCGAAAGUACUUCAGUCCAAAGAAGCAGGUCUCCCUCAGCACCUUGUGCGAGCCACAUUUGCGGCUUUUAGUGUAUGCCCUCGAGGAGACCCAGCGCUGCUGCAACUUCAUCCGGCUUUAUCCAACUCCAUCAACGGUGAAGCGCUAUCAGCCCCUCACGGAGAGCCGCAGCAUGGAGGACGAGUUCCGGAAUCAGCUGUUGACGGCGGUGCUCUUCGCGCAGCAGAUGCCGCUCUGCGACGAACCCGAGCUCGAGGACAAGGAACCACCGCCUCCCGAGGCCGAGCUCAUCUCCGCACCGGAGCCGGAGCCAGUGCCGAAGGUGGCGCAGGAAGGGAACCUGCAGAUGGUGGAGGAAGCCUUGCAGACGCUCAAAGUCUUGGGGACGAAGAUGAGUUCGCAGCUCUUGCUCAUGGAGUAUAUAGUGCGCUUGCUCAACACCUGCCAUCAGCUGAGUGAUGGUGCUCGGCGCAAAUUGGAGAACCGGCAGCAGUCGGCCAUCGCAGGUGUCCUCCAGAUCUUCCGCCAGCAGCUGGCGCUCUACCUGCGCGCCUCCGAGCGCGGCGCCCGCGCCCGCGGCGCCCACCGGGCGCCGGCCGUGCCGGCCGCGCCGGCUGCGGAGUUGGCGACGGGGCCCAGCGAGGAGCUGCCUGGGGGCAGUGUGGUGGAUGAUGUGGAGGACAUUUGUCAGCAGGCCUUGGUGCAGAUCCUGUGCAAUACCUGGGGCGGUGCAAGAGACCACGCACAACGCGGCGUCGAAAGCCUACGUGGAGAGCUCUCAGUCGUGAGGUGUGCACCUGAGGCUUUUGCCCAGAGCUCCAGCGGCUGUCGCGCGGUCGCCGCGCUGGGCGAGUUGAGCGCCACGGACUUGGAGUCCAUCUUCCGUGCUCCACAAUGCCCGCCCGAGGUGAAAAACUUAUUCCUCGUCCCAGAGGAUCAUGAGGUUGGCUGGAACGUCCUCCGGCGGAUGUCCCAAGCAGGGCCUUUGAGCGAGCUGGAGUUCCUGCAGCGCGUCACCACAACCUUCCAACCGCCCAAAGCUCCGCUGGAUGCUGCGAAGAGCCCUGAGGAUGCGCCGCCCCUCUCGGUGCCGAGGUUGAUGGUCUCCCAGAGUUCUCCCCAGCUGAAGCGCCGCCCGGGGCCGUUGGCGCCCUUGGCACCCAACGGCCUGGCCUACAGCCGAAAGGGGCGGUUUGGCUUCGGUUCCUAUGCCACGGGCCUCAGUGACAUUGAGCUUUGA